AUGAGGGGGGGCAGUGAUGGGGUUGGGGGGCUGCACUUUUCCACUGUGAUUACUCUCACCGUCCUCAGGCCACAUCACAGCAGUAUGCAGAUGAGCCAGCGGGGGGCGCUCUGUUCCAUGGUCCUGGUGUGUCUCUGUGUGGUGCAGUCCAUGGUCCUGGUGUGUCUCUGUGUGGUGCAGUCCAUGGUCCUGGUGUGUCUCUGUGUGGUGCUGUCCGUGGUGCUGGUGUGUCUCUGUGUGGUUCAGUCCAUGGUCCUGGUGUGUCUCUGUGUGGUGCAGUCCAUGGUGCUGGUCUGGUUACCAUGA